AUGGUGAACACGGUGAGAGUUGCUUGGUCAUUGAUUAGUUGGACAAUGAAAAAGGCUGGUGUUGUGGAGCCUUGCACAGUGGAGAUAGAGGCAGGUACAGUUAUGAGAUUUUGGGUUCCAUUUCAAACCAUUUCAAAACCAACCAAGCCAGUAGUUGUUCUACUCCACGCCUUCUGCGCCGACGGACUUGCAAACUGGGUGUUCCAAAUCAUCAGUUUAGCCAAAAACUAUGAUGUUUACGUGCCCGAUCUAAUUUUCUUCGGCGGCUCCACAACAAAUAAGCCGGACCGGUCGCCGGCUUUUCAAGCGGAGUGUUUGGCGAAGGGGCUAAAGAAACUUGGAGUGGAGAAAUGUGCUGUAGUUGGAGUCAGUUAUGGUGGAAUAGUGGCGUUAAAAAUGGCUGAAUUGUAUAGGGAGGUGGUUCAAGCAGUGGUUAUAUCAAGCUCGGUUUUGGCUAUACAAGAGUCUAUGGUUAGUAGAGCAGUGGAAGAUAUUGGAUUCUCUUCUUGUUCAGAAAUGUUAUUACCAUCUUCUACUGAGGGGUUGAGAACACUUCUUACGGUUGCUGUAUACAGAAACAUUCCGUUUCCCAACUGUAUGCUCACUGACUUUCUCAAGGUGAUGUUCUCUAAUAGGAAGGAGCGAAAUCAGCUAUUAGAGGCUUUAGUCAUUAGCUACAAAGACAUCCACAUCCCUAAAUUUUCACAGCGAAUACAUCUUUUAUGGGGCGAGAAAGAUAAAAUUUUUAACCUUGAAAUCGCACACAAAAUAAAAGAGAGGCUUGGAAAUAACACAACAGUUGAAGUAAUAAAGAAAGCAGGCCACUUGGUUAAUCUGGAGCGACCAUGUGUUUAUAAUAAGUGUCUAAACAAGUUUCUUUCUUCUGUUAUGAUUGAUGAAAAAAAAUAA